GGCACAGGUGUUAAAACAGCUUUAAUUAGGAAAGCUCUCAUUUUUAAGAAACAAAAAGUCACUUUGCCAAGUAAGUCUUAGUUUGCACAGUUUAAAAAUUUUAAACAAAUAAUUAAGUAAAGAAGCCAUGACCAACGAGAGUAGCACAAAUGUCGCCGAGCGGCUUAAAUUGGGGCCGCGUGAGAAUGUAACUUAUCCCAUAGUGAUGAAGUAUUGCGGCCAUUGCACGAUGCCCAUCGAGUACUGCGAAUACUAUCCGGAAUACGACAAAUGCAAGGAUUGGUUGGAGCGUAAUCUGCCAGACGACUUCGAGCGUCUGAAAAUCGAAGAGGAGCAAGCGGCCGCCGAUGGCACAGACGAUGACAAGAAGCGACAGAAGCGUGGUGGAAAGGGGCUGCUGCGUGUGAAGAAGAAGGAAGAUGUGCCAAAGCGCAUCUGUGUCUCACGUGCUGCCCGCGGCAAAAAGAAGUCCGUUACCGUUGUCACCGGCCUCAGCACAUUUGAUAUUGAUCUCAAAGUGGCUGCCAAGUUCUUUGGUACUAAGUUCGCUUGCGGCUCGUCGGUGACUGGCGACGAUGAGAUCGUCAUACAGGGCGAUGUUAAGGAUGAGCUAUUCGAUGUCAUUCCUGAGAAAUGGGCCGAAAUCGAUGAGGAUGUCAUUGAGGAUUUGGGCGAUCAAAAGCGUUAACGUUAACCGAAACUGAUGAUGAAAUGCAAAUGACACGAAAAUGAAAGUCAGCCAUCCACGGGCCAUUUCAAUGUGCUUACAAAAUGUUCUUAUUUUAUACGCAAAUUACAUCAAAAUAGUGAAUGAA